AUGGUGAUGGAUCAUCAUGUUACAAAACAAACAAAAUCAACCACAACCAAAAAGUCAAAACAUGGUGGAAUUGAUCAUCAGUUGUUGAGUAGUACUACUACUACUCAUCAUCAAAACAAGAAAACCAAAAAACCAGGAAGAGGUCUGGGUGUUGCACAGCUUGAACAAAUUCGCAUUAGGACUGAACAAGUGGAAAAAACUAAAUCCGCCACCUCACUUCAUUAUCAUCAAUAUCCUUUACAAAACGGUGUCGUUCCGUUUUCUACUACUCAAAAUCAACAUCAUUAUCAUCAACAACAGCUUAUUCCUCUUACUAAUAAUUCUCCUCCUGCUGCUGCUGUCCCACAAAUAAUGUUUUCUGGUACUACUUAUGGACCCAAUAAUCAUGUCUUCAUGGAUCACAAUAAUGUGCAGGUCCAUUACCCGAUCAAUUCGAAUCCGGGCUACCGGUUCGAUAACCGUAGCGACAUGUUUUCGUCGGCUCAUCAAAAUUAUGUCAAAUACUGUGGUGGUUCUGAUGCUUGUGGCACUUGUUAUAAGAAAAAACGUAUCAACAACAUGAUUGCAAGUAACAACAAUAACAACCAGCUUAACACGCUGAAUCAGUUUCGUUAUGGAUUGAACAACGUUAUUGAUCAAAAGGUUGACUACACUGGUCAAAAUCAUCUUUGUUUUUCACCACAGGUGAGGGAAGUGAUGCCGGGUUACCGGAGGGUCCGGUAUGGGAUGGCCGAAUAUGAGUUUUUUCCGGGGAAAGGUGCUGGUGAAACGACGUCGUCAAGGUGUGUGAGUGGUACGGAAAGAGGAGGAGGAGGAAUGAUAGGGUCACAUGGAGGUGAAGGAUCAUCUUGUGUCACAGCUGUUACCAGUACUAAUGAAGAAGGAAGUGUUUGUUGUUCUGUUGAUCUAUCUCUCAAGCUUUAGUAGUACUACUAUAUCAAUAUUAAUAUAAUUAAGUAUUAGUGAUAUAUAUGAUAUAUAUUCAAGACC